AUGGGGCUCGCGCCGCCGGAGCUGGGCCAGUUCGACGGGUGGGAGAGCUCAGGGGAGGAGGAGCGGGAGCGGGAGCGCUGGGGCUGGUGCCGCCGCAGCCGCCGUGGCAGCAGCAGGCGCCGCGCGGCGGCCCCCAAGGGCGCCGGCGACGACGACGCCGCGGUCGCCACCGGCUGCUGCAUCCGCCUCUGGCCCGUCGGGGCGUGCCCGCCGCAGCCGCCGCCGCCGCCGCCGAGGUCCAAGGUCGACACCUCCACCAGCAGCGCCAGCACGCACGGCGCAGAGAAGUCAACAGAAAAUGGUAGCAGGAAUCAACCGGUCGCAUUGGUAGUCUCAGGUUCUACAACUACUAGUAACGCUGAAAGCAGUUCAUCCGCAUCUAAAGUCGGAGAAGAGAUAAAAGUUGCCUCCCAGCUGCGCAAGUUUGCAUUCAAUGAUCUAAAAUGUGCUACCCGGAACUUCAGGCCUGAAAGUCUCCUUGGGGAAGGGGGUUUUGGAUGUGUUUUUAAAGGGUGGAUCGAAGAGAACGGAACUGCGCCCGUGAAACCUGGUACAGGUCUCACAGUUGCUGUCAAGACGCUAAACCAUGACGGGCUUCAAGGGCAUAAAGAAUGGGUGGCUGAAGUUGAUUUUCUUGGAAAUCUUCACCAUCCCAAUUUGGUCAGGUUGAUUGGAUAUUGUGUUGAAGAUGACCAAAGGUUGCUGGUGUAUGAAUUCAUGCCUCGUGGCAGUUUGGAUAACCAUCUUUUUAGAAGGUCUCUUCCUCUCCCAUGGGCUAUCAGAAUGAAGGUUGCACUCGGAGCAGCAAAGGGUCUGGCUUUCCUUCAUGGAGAAGCAGAAAGGCCAGUCAUUUAUCGUGAUUUUAAAACAUCUAAUAUACUGCUGGAUGCGGAGUAUAAUGCAAAGCUCUCUGAUUUUGGGCUUGCGAAAGAUGGACCUGUAGGUGAUAAAACUCAUGUCUCUACUCGAGUGAUGGGAACCUAUGGAUAUGCAGCACCAGAAUAUGUCAUGACUGGUCAUCUGACAUCAAAGAGCGAUGUCUACAGCUUCGGGGUUGUGCUUCUUGAGAUGAUGUCAGGGCGCAGGUCAAUGGACAAGAAUCGCCCUAACGGAGAGCACAACCUCGUGGAAUGGGCGCGCCCCCUCCUAGGAGAGAGGCAGCGCUUUUACAAGCUAAUUGACCCUCGCCUGGAGGGCAACUUCUCAGUGAAAGGUGCCCAGAAGGCGGCACAGCUAGCACGCGCCUGCCUCAGCCGGGACCCCAAGGCCCGGCCCUUGAUGAGCCAGGUGGUGGAAGUCCUCAAGCCGCUGCAGAACCUCAAGGACAUGGCGAGCGCCUCCUACUUCUACCAGACGAUGCAAGCUGAGCGGAUGGCGCACUCGAACAGCAUGAACGGGAGGAGCAGCCACGGCUUCAAGACGCAGAGCCCGUUCGGGCGGAACGGGCAGCCGCCCGUGAGGAGCCUCUCCGAUGGCCCCCGUGCCUCCCCGUUCCGCUACUCGCCAAAGCCGAACGUGAAAUGA